UGACUUCAAAAUAAAGUGAGACAGCAUUGAAUAUAAACAAGUUCAUACAUGUCUGUCUUGGGAAGCUGCUUAAAUGAAGAGAGUAAAGCUUGCACGGCCACAAGGCAUUAGAAAUCUUCUGAUGAUGGUAGUGCCAAGAAAGCAAUUACUAAAGAGGCCUACUUGGAUCAUUGUAUUGGUUUCUGUGGUGUUCCUUAUUAUGAUUGCUUCAUAUGUUUAUCGACCAACAAGCCCGGCAAGAUGCUAUUUCUUUUCCUCUCGAGGUUGUCACGCAUAUGAUUUGCAUCCAAGUGAUGAUUUUUCCAGGGAACUAACUGAUGAAGAAAUUGAAUCUCGGGUUGUUAUUAAGGAGUUGCUCAAGUUUCAUGAUGUUCAAACAAAGACCCCCAAAGUUGCAUUUUUGUUUAUGACUCCAGGUUCACUGCCUUUCGAGAGACUCUGGCACAUGUUCUUUCAAGGGCACGAGGGCAAAUUCUCUAUUUAUGUACAUGCAUCGAGGGAAAAACCAGUGCAUGUUAGCCGUUAUUUUGUUGGUCGAGACAUUCACAGUGAACCGGUGAGUUGGGGAAAUUUUUCUAUGGUUGAGGCAGAAAAGAGACUUUUGGCAAACGCACUUAUAGACCCUGAUAACCAACAUUUUGUCUUGCUGUCUGAAAGUUGUAUUCCUGUGCGCCACUUUGAUUUUGUGUACAACUACUUAUUGUUUACAAAUGUCAGCUUCAUUGAAUGCUACUUUGAUCCUGGUCCUCAUGGAAACGGCAGGUAUAUAAAGUAUAUGUUACCUGAAGUAGAAGAGAAGGAUUUCCGAAAGGGUUCACAGUGGUUCUCAAUGAAGCGGCAGCAUGCUAUUAUAGUUAUGGCAGACAGUCUCUAUUACACAAAAUUCAAGCAUCACUGCAAUCCAAGAAUGGAGGGAGGACGCAACUGCUACUCCGAUGAGCAUUACUUACCAACCUUUUUUAACAUGAUUGAUCCAGGUGGAAUUUCAAAUUGGUCGGUAACAUAUGUUGAUUGGUCUGAAGGAAAAUGGCAUCCUAGAUCAUUCAGUGCUCAGGAUAUAACUUAUGAACUUCUGAAAACCUUAACAUCCAUUGAUGAAAGUCCACGUAUUACAAGUGAUGCACAGAGAACAGUGUUGAUUACACCUUGCAUGUGGAAUGGUUCAAAACGACCUUGUUAUUUAUUUGCCAGGAAGUUUUACCCUGAAACCUUGGAUAAAUUGAUGCUACUUUUCUCUAAUUCUACUUCAUUUUAAAAUAUCUCAUGUUCAUUAUCAUUCUUUGGAAAUCAACAAUCCAGAGGCACACCUUCGCUCUUGCACAUAACAUUUGGUUUUGCGAAGUGCCACAAUCCGGAGGCAACUAGAUAAAAUUCUAUAGGAAAAAGACACACGAGCUGAUUCUAUGGGGCUUGACAAAACUGCUGAGCUUGUCUUGAAGGAUAUAAUUUGCAGUUACUAUGUUACCUUUUUUAUGAUUGUUUAUUUUUUAUACCAUUAUAGAUUUUCCUCAUAGAUGAGAAUUUUUGGUGUCCUUGAUA